CUGGAGCUGUAGAAGACGUCUCUCAUGGAAGUACAGAGAACUAUCGGGCCCCCACAGACGAUCAGCAGCAGUAUGUGUGAGGCCACGCAGAGGUCAGGCGAACCUCGCCGAAAGAAGACGGACGAGCGCAGUGCGCCCUCGGAGAUGGCCAGGAUUAUCACGGAUCCCGCCACGGGGAAGUGCUACUGCCGGGGGAAAGUUUUGGGAAAGGGAGGUUUUGCGAAGUGCUAUGAGAUGACCGACCUUUCCACCAGCAAAGUUUACGCAGCCAAAAUCAUCCCGCACUCGCGCGUGUCCAAACCUCACCAACGGGAGAAGAUUGACAGGGAAAUUGAGCUGCACAAAGUUCUGCACCAUAAACACAUUGUGCACUUUUAUCACCAUUUCGAGGACAAGGAGAACAUCUACAUCCUGUUGGAAUACUGCAGUAGAAAAUCAUUAGCUCACAUCCUGAAGGCUCGCAAAGUGCUUACAGAGCCAGAGGUGCGUUAUUAUCUCCGGCAGAUUGUCUCUGGUCUGAGGUACCUGCACGAACAAGAGAUCCUUCACAGAGACCUGAAACUCGGUAACUUCUUUGUGAGUGAGUCGAUGGAGCUCAAGGUCGGGGACUUUGGUCUGGCUGCCAAGUUGGAGCCAGCAGGAAACAGGAGGAAGACGAUCUGUGGAACUCCCAACUACCUGUCCCCUGAGGUGCUCAACAAACAGGGCCACGGCUGUGAAUCAGACAUCUGGGCCUUAGGCUGUGUAAUGUACACCAUGCUGUUGGGCAGGCCGCCGUUUGAAACCACCAACCUGAAGGAGACAUACAAGUGUAUAAGAGAGGCUCGUUACUCCCUGCCCUCCUCCCUCUCACCACAAGCUAAGCAGUUGAUUGCCAGCUUGCUAGCCAAGAUCCCCGAGGACAGACCCAACCUGGACCUCAUUCUGAGACACGACUUCUUCACACAGGGCUUCAGUCCAGAGCGUCUGCCAGCGAGCUGUUGCCAUUCAGCACCAGAUUUCCACGUCUCUAGUCCAGCCAAGAGCUUCUUCAAGAAAGCUGCCGCCGCACUGUUUGGUGGGAAGAGAGACAAGGUCAAAUACUACGAGACUCUAAACAAAUUAACCAAAGAGGAAGAGGAGAUCUACAAACUGCAGCACGACCUACAGAGAACUGUGAUCAGCCAACAACAGAGCAAAAAGAUCCCUGAGAAUGGAAGUCUACUUCCGCCAUCUGCUGAGAGCCCUGUCGCCCCGGCAACAGAGAGCCAGUCUCCGACGACACGAGACACCAUCCGCCUCAUCGUCAGGGGGAGUCUGGGGAGCUGCAGCAGCAGCAGUGAAUGCCUGGAAGACAGCACAACAGGAAGUGUAGCUGAGACUGUUGCCAGUGUUUUGAGAGGAUGUCUGGAGAAUAUGCCAAAAGCGGACGACAUUCCUCAGGGCUCUAACAGCUGCAGUCUUCAAUGGGUGACUAAAUGGGUGGACUACUCCAACAAGUACGGCUUUGGCUACCAGUUGUCUGAUCACACCGUGGGAGUCCUCUUCAACAACGGCACUCACAUGAGCCUCCUGCCAGACAGAAAGACCAUUCAUUACUAUGCAGAACUGGGUCAGCGCUCCGUCUUCCCCACCUGCGAGGUUCCUGAACACUUUGUGGGUCAGGUGACUGUGCUCAAGUACUUUUCCCACUACAUGGAGGAGAACCUGAUGGACGGAGGGGACCUGGGCAGUACGACAGACACACACAUGCCCAGACUCUACCUGCUGCAGUGGCUCAAGUCCGACCGCGCCCUCAUGAUGCUCUUCAACGACGGCACCUUCCAGAUCAACUUUUACCAUGACCACACCAAGAUCAUCCUGUGCUGCCAGAGGGACGAGUACAUGCUGACAUACAUCAACGAGGACCGUGUCUCCAAAACCUUCAAGCUGAGUUCCCUGCUGACGUCCGGCUGCCCGCACGACCUUCGAGAACGAAUGGUGUACUCUCUCAACAUGCUUCUGCAGAGAGCCAGCUAAACCAAUACAAUCAUAUGUUUGGACUAUGACAAAAAAAUAAGACUGAUCCACACGUUGUGCUGCUGCAGUGCUGCAGUGGAACCAGGAUCUGCGCUGGAAGGACAAUAGAGGAUGGACCGGUGGAAAGUUAAUUAACAUUCCAACACUGUUGCACCUUCGUGCCGUUGGGAAAAUAAUACAGACAGACUCUGUGGAUGGGGAAAUGAAAUGUAGCGCAAUGAAACCGGAUGCUAAAGGGCUGAUUUGUAUGUUGAUUGUAAGAGGAGAAGAAAGACUGGGCAUGUUGGUACGAAUGUGAACCUCAUAUUUUUAGGGGAGGGAAAAUGUACGAUGUUUGGAAAGUAGAGACAGAACGCUGGGCUGGCACCAGCUUAAAUGUGUACAGUACAGUGGAUACUGUUUUAUAGAGACAAAGAAUAAACUGAUGCUCUGAGUGUAACCAGAGCUAAACUGUGGAAGCCUGUAAAUGAUGUACAGUGAAUGUCACAGCCCACUCAGCAGUGCAGAGGAAUGAUUGCUAAUGUGUGCGGAAGCUACGGAGUCCGGCUGUUUUUAUGUGUGUGUGUGUUGUGUGUGUGUGUGUGAGUGGGAUGGGUGUAUCAUCACAUUAACUUUGAAAAACUGUGAUUUAUUCUCUUUACUGACAGAUGGAUUGAGCUGAGAUCAGGGAUGAUGAGUUUGGUGGGAGAGAGAAUUACAUUAACAAAACAGUACCAAGGAUCCUCUGAGGGUCACUUCAGAGCAAUUACCACCUUGGUAGAAAAUGUCCUACAUAACUUAUUGUGUAGUAUUUAUUUAUUUAAUAAUAAUAAAAAAACAUUUUGCAAAGAAAAAAA